CAUUUAUGUCUUUUUGAAUCAGCUUCGACGAAUAUUAAGAACCUGUACCCAGAUACUUCCGGUCAAUGGCUAGUGAAUCAAGGAAAAGGAAGAGCCCGGAAAGGGAAUCGAUGCCGUUUGGUGAUGAUAGCGGGAAGCCACGGAUUUUGCUUGCGGCUUGCGGGUGCGUGGCGGCUGUACAGUUUGGGCAUAUCUGCAAGUGUUUCUCUGAAUGGGCAGAAGUGAAAGCCGUCGCCACUGAUGAUGCCUUGUCUUUCAUAGAUAGGGCAACGAUUCCUAAAGAUGUAGUUCUUUACACAGAUGAGGAUGACUGGAGAAGUUGGGGAACAACGGCUGAUGGUAUCCUCCACAUUCAACUCCGCCGAUGGGCUGAAAUUCUGGUUAUCGCUCCUGUAUCAGCGAAUACAUUGGCCAAGAUUGCAGGUGGUUUGUGUGACAAUUUGCUGACUUGCAUUGUCAGAGCAUGGGACUACAGCAAACCAGUUUUCGUCGCUCCUUCAAUGAAUUUUUUCCUGUGGAAAAGUCCCUUCACCGACAAUGUUCUUCUGUCUCUUAAGGAGCUUGGGAUUGCUCUCAUUACACCAGCCUCUAAGUCGAUGGCAGAUGAUGGAGACCAUGGAAAUGGCACGCUGGCCGACCCAGUGAAUAUAUACGGAACUGUCAGACUCUCCUACGAGUCUCGUCGUCGGUCUGGUGGCAGUGAUGGCUAGCAGGAAUGUGUGAAUGCAACUGAAGAAACUGGAGACUUGAUUAGUUCUGUAUGGCUACUAUGCUACUCUAGUUACUGUUGCUCAUGUUUUUGGGCGAUUAGAGUACUGUUCCUGUACAUACAAUAAUACUUCAUCUCACAUGCUGACACCGGAAAUGAACCUCGAUAAUCCCUUCUUUUGGCUGGGGUUAAUUCCAGAUUAGUAGUAUCAAUAACCACAGGAUUGCAUUCAAAAGACGGUUCAUAUUUUGCAAGACUGUGCUGCACAAUGAACAGUCGGUAUUGUAAA